AGCGAAGCAGCACACAUUGACAAGUCCGACUUCAACCUCCAACAAGACCGACAACAUAUCCCGACCGCAAACAUGGCCACCGAGCUCACAGUCCAGUCGGAGCGCGCUUACCAGAAGCAGCCCCAUAUCUUCCUGAACCACAAGGUCGGUGGACCGCGCAAGAACACCCGCACCAGGCGAUGGUAUAAGGACGUUGGUCUGGGCUUCCGUACGCCCAAGACCGCCAUUGAGGGUUCCUACAUCGACAAGAAGUGCCCCUUCACCGGUCUCGUCUCCAUUCGCGGCCGUAUCCUUACCGGAACUGUCGUCUCCACCAAGAUGCACCGUACCCUCGUCAUCCGUCGCGAGUACCUCCACUUCGUGCCCAAGUACUCUCGUUAUGAGAAGCGCCACAAGAACCUCGCCGCACACGUCUCCCCUGCUUUCCGUGUCGAGAACGGUGACCAGGUCGUUGUUGGCCAGUGCCGACCCCUCUCCAAGACCGUCCGUUUCAACGUUCUCCGUGUGCUCCCCAGGACCGGCAAGGCCGUCAAGUCUUUCUCCAAGUUUUAAGUGGAUGGUUUCGCUGGCAUGAUUAGGGGACGAAGGGGCACGAGAGCAAAAGGCGGUUGGGAAUAAGGUUCGACGGGUCAACUCUGCAUUUU